GUCCGCUCUUGCGGCCGCCUCCGCGCUCCGCCUCUCCUGCCGGGAACGGGCGGCGGGCGGAGGCGGGGGUGACCUGCAGGCACACAGGGGCGGCCCAAGCGUGUUUCCGUAUGCAUGGAUAUCACCUGAAUCUUCUUAGCAGACCUUAAAUUGUGUGUCAGCUUACCCUAGCCAUGAGUGGCUCCAAACCUGAUAUCCUGUGGGCCCCGCACCACGUUGACAGAUUUGUUGUGUGCGAUUCAGAGCUGAGCCUGUAUCACAUUGACUCUGCUGUGAGCUCGGAGCCCAAGGCGGGGUCCCUGCGGCUGUCGGAGGAGACUACGGCCACGCUGCUGUCCAUAAACUCGGACACUCCCUACAUGAAAUGUGUGGCUUGGUAUCCCAAGUACGAUCCCGAGUGUCUCCUUGCUGUUGGACAGGCCAAUGGCCGAGUGGUGCUUACCAGCCUCGGGCAAGAUCACAACUCCAAAUCCAAGGAUUUGAUAGGCAAGGAGUUUGUUCCCAAGCACGCUCGGCAGUGCAAUACCCUGGCCUGGAACCCCCUGGACAGCAACUGGCUUGCUGCUGGGCUGGAUAAACAUCGGGCUGACUUUUCUGUGCUGAUCUGGGACAUCAGCAGCAAAUAUGCCCCAGAGACUGCAGUUGCUACAGAGAAAGUGAGGCUUUCAGCAGGAGAUGCAGAGGCAGGCCUGGUAGUUACAAAACCACUGUAUGAAUUAGGGCAGAAUGAUGCUUGUCUCUCUCUCUGUUGGCUUCCACGGGAUCAGAAACUGCUCUUAGCUGGAAUGCAUCGAAAUUUGGCUAUCUUUGAUCUUCGGAACACAAGCCAAAAAAUAUUUGUAAACACCAAGGCUGUCCAAGGAGUGACUGUUGAUCCCUAUUUCCACGAUCGUGUUGCUUCCUUCUAUGAAGGUCAGGUUGCCAUAUGGGAUUUAAGAAAGUUUGAAAAGCCUGUUUUGACCCUGACAGAGCAACCAAAACCCUUAACAAAAGUUGCAUGGUGUCCAACAAGGACUGGACUGUUAGCUACUUUAACAAGGGAUAGUAACAUCAUUAGACUGUAUGACAUGCAGCAUACUCCCACCCCUAUUGGAGAUGAAACCGAGCCAACAAUAAUUGAGAGAAGUGUCCAACCAUGUGAAAAUUACAUUGCUUCAUUUGCCUGGCAUCCCACAAGCCAGAACCGAAUGGUGGUAGUGACUCCCAACAGGACUAUGACCGACUUCACUGUUUUUGAAAGAAUUUCUCUUGCAUGGAGCCCAGUGACAUCCUUAAUGUGGGCCUGUGGACGACAUUUGUAUGAGUGUACAGAAGAGGGAAAGGCUAGCUCCUUGGAAAAAGACAUAGCAACCAAAAUGCGCCUCAGAGCUCUCUCAAGGUAUGGUCUUGAUACUGAACAAGUUUGGAGAAAUCACCUCCUAGCUGGAAAUGAAGAUCCUCAGCUGAAGUCCCUUUGGUACACUCUGCAUUUUAUGAAGCAGUAUACUGAAGAUAUGGAUCAAAAACUUACAGGAAACAAAGGUCCCUUAGUUUACACUGGCAUUAAAUCAAUUGUGAAGUCAUCUUUGGGAACAACAGAGAACCUCAGGCACAGCAGGAGUGGAUCUGAUAGACAGGCUGAUAUUAUUCAGUAUCUGAGUGAGGAGAGAUCUUUGGCUUUGCAGCUCUGUGGGUGGAUAAAGAAGGGAACAGACUUAGAUGUGGAGCCUUUCCUGAAUUCAUUGGAACAGGAGGGAGACUGGGAGCGAGCUGCUGCUGUAGCACUUUUCAACUUGGACAUACGGCGAGCAAUACAAAUUCUGAAUAAAGGGGCUUCCUCAGGAAAAGGUGAUUUGAACCUUAAUGUUGUAGCAAUGGCUCUGUCAGGCUACACAGAUGAGAAGAACUCACUUUGGAGAGAAAUGUGCAGUACUCUGAGACUGCAGUUGAACAAUCCCUACUUGUGUGCUAUGUUUGCUUUCCUGACGAGUGAGUCUGGUUCAUAUGAUGGUGUUUUGUAUGAAAAUAAUGUAGCUGUACGAGACAGAGUGGCAUUUGCUUGCAAGUUCCUCAGUGAUGCUCAGCUCAAUAGGUUUAUUGAAAAGCUGACAAAUGAAAUGAAAGAGGCUGGGAAUUUGGAGGGAAUACUGUUAACAGGGCUGACAAAAGAUGGAGUUGACUUGAUGGAAAGUUAUGUUGAUAGAACUGGAGAUGUCCAGACAGCAAGCUAUUGCAUGCUACAGGGUUCUCCAUCAGAUGUACUUAAGGAUGAAAGGGUUCAGUACUGGAUUGAGAACUACAGGAAUCUUUUAGAUGCCUGGAGGUUUUGGCAUAAACGUGCAGAAUUUGAUAUUCAUAGGAGUAAGCUGGAUCCCAGCUCAAAGCCUUUAGCCCAGGUGUUUGUGAGUUGCAAUUUCUGUGGGAAAUCAAUCUCUUACAGCUGCUCAGCUAUUCCUCACCAGGGGCGCGGUUUUAGCCAGUAUGGAGUCAGCGGUUCCCCCACCAAGUCCAAAGUUACGAGCUGUCCUGGUUGCCGCAAGCCCCUUCCCCGCUGUGCACUUUGCCUGAUAAAUAUGGGAACACCAGUUUCCAGCUGUCCAGGAGGAUCCAAGUCAGAUGAAAAAGUGGAUCUUAGCAAAGACAAGAAGUUAGCCCAGUUCAACAACUGGUUUACUUGGUGUCACAACUGUAGGCAUGGUGGACAUGCUGGACAUAUGCUGAGCUGGUUCAGGGACCAUACUGAGUGCCCAGUUUCUGCCUGCUCUUGUAAGUGUAUGCAGCUGGAUACAACAGGGAAUCUCGUUCCAGCAGAGACUGUCCAGGCAUAAAUACUGUUAGAAAAUGUGUGGCUCUCUGAUGGAUGUCCAUCAUAGUCCAAGCAGAUAUUUUAGACAAAGGUAAUUUGUGACUUACUGUGAAAAAAUAAAUUGCUAUCAAAGUAGUAAAAUGACGUGUGUAUGACUGUGCUUGGUAGAAACAGAUAUUCCUGAGGUGAACCUAUAGGUACAGUGCAUGGCCCUUAUUCAGAGGACUGAAGAAAAGCACUCCUAGAAUUGUGGACUCUUUGAAUUUGCUAAAAUGCAAAGAAGACCUUUAUUUAAAAAGUUUUCAUGAUAAUGCUGAUUGGCCCAAAGCUGAGUUUAUAUGCUGUGAAAGCAGACCUUCAAAAUAAACACUUGAAAAGAAGAUGGCAAAGUUA